AGUCAGCUAACUUUUGGUCAAUCUCUUGUCUUUAGGAAGAGUUUCUCAGACCUAUGUGUGAAGAGGCAGCUACGAUGUUGAUGCUGCAAAGGCCUCCGUUCUGCGACCAUGUCAUACAGUUAUAUGACUGGUUUAUCACGGAGGAGCAGAAUGUCUUGAUAAUGGAAAAUCCCCAUCCCUGUGUGACCUUGCGUAAGUUCAUCAAAAAAACCCGAGGUCACCUGAGUGAAGAAAAGGCGAGACUCAUCAUGUGGCAAGUCGCCGUUGCUCUGCGUCACUGCUGGGAUCGUGGUAUUUUUCAUGAAACAGAUCUGAGUAAUAUUCUCAUCAACACGGACACCCUGCAGUUAAAAAUAAUGGACUUUAGAUACGCAGAGCACAUCAUUAAAAAACGAAGUGAAGACGCUUAUUUAGAGGCGAGGCUCAGAGUGCCUGCUAAAUUGCAAGCAGCUGAAAACUUAUACUUCGUGCUGGAUGCGAUCAUCAAAACCAUAAGACAUCCGUGCUGGAAAAAAGCACACCUGUCCAGAGAAUGCACAGAUCUUCUUGGGAAACUUGGGCAUGGAGGGCCAUCAGCGAUUGACACCUUGGAGAACAUCUUAGAUCAUGCCUGGUUUAGAGACCGCGCCACAGUGAAUGAAGGAGAAGGAAACUGAAAAGAGUUUCUGGCCUUUUACAUCAGAAAGAGCUCUUUUCAAUUCCAAACCGAAGCUUAUUUUCAUGCUGUCAUAGUUUGAGUGGUAGACGUUCUGCUGUUGGGCAGCAGCUCUCAGCCACGCUUCACUCCUUUAACCCUGCAGCUGAGCCUCGGGUGAGAUGUUAGUACCCCAGCACUUCUCCGCUCUCUUCAUCCAGAGCCAGAUCUGCUCUGUUCAGCCUCUUCAGCACGCUUCCUUUAUUCCAGUGAUCCACAAACUCAGCUCUGCCAGCAUUCAUUUGCCAGUUGCUUCUUGUGCAUCUGUGCAUGGCAGCAUGCAUCUGUGUAUUUUGAAACAUUUCUAGCAUCAAGAUGUACACACAAAUCCACAGACAGGUGGACUCUCCUGCCGGCCAAUCAUAGCACGUUCUCACUUCAACCGAUCAGGUGUUGCUUUACAGUCACUACAGUAAAAGAUACUUAACAUUUAGAUUUCGUUAGCCACAGUAUUAUGAUUUAAUCGUCUUCGACAAUAUUAGAGCUUUAUGUCUCUUUAUGGGAACACUGGAUAGAAAGCGUCAGCUGUGCUCGUGUUCUGCUUCUCUGUGUCACUACA